UUACUUACAAGUGUCUUCGUUGAAAUAAACAUCGGAUGGGUAGUUUUGUAAAAAGUGAAAUCCAAUUCUGAUUCAUGUAAUUUUACGAAUAAUAAAUGGGAGAAACAACUGUUAUUCUCUCCCUUCUUUGCUCUCUCUCGCUGACCGCAGCUAGAGUUUCAAUCCCGGCGAAAUCCUUGAUUCAAAUCAGAGGGUAUCCAUCAUCGGUGUAAGAAAUUUAGAUUAGUCAUCAUCACUGCUUGGCUAAUUCAGUGGGAGGUGGAAAACAGGCAGAGGAACAGAGACAGUGACAGAGAGAACCAUCAACAGUCCACCAUCAACCAUGUCGUUCAUGAAAGGAGAUCUUCUGACAAGAACUAGGAAACUUGUGAAAGGUCUUGCCAAGGCCAAGCCCAUAUGGCUUAAAGCCAUGGAAGAGGCUCCACCUGUGACAUUCCCUCGUACUGAUGGAAAAGUGGAGAAAAUCAGUCUUCCUGAGGAUAUCUAUGUAAAGAAGUUCUUUCAAAAAUAUCCAGAUUCUAAAUAUGAAGAUGCUAUCAGGUUUUGCGGCUUUGAUCCCCCUCCAGCUCGUGUCUUUGGUUGGCGAGUACUUGAGAUGAAAGAGCAGGGAGUGAGUGAAGAGGAAGCGAUGGCUGUUGCUGAUAUGGAAUACCGAGCAGAAAAGAAAGCAAAGAAGCAAGCAUUUAAACGGCUGAAGCAAAUUGCACGUCUCCAAGGAAAGAAACCACCACCAAACCCAUAUCCAAGUGCUAUCAAGGAAAUACAGGCUGAAGAGAAGAAAUAUGUUCGUGACCGAUUCUUUAAUCCCAAGAUACGAGAGAUCGUGCAGAAAUUGAAAGAAGAGAAGGCAGCUGAGAUGCAAGAAAGAAUGAAGGGAGGUAGUUGGUAAUUUCAAGUUGCCUGACAGCUCCAACGUAAGCUCAUCUGUGGCUUCUUAAACCCAUUUUGUUUUAUUUUCUACGGAUGAGGAUCUUGCAUUAUGUAUAAGGUUUUGUAAGAUGGGGCGCGGGAGAAUGUCUCACCUUGUUUGAUUCGGUCCAUUAAUUUUAUUUGUUUAAAAUGGAAGCUUUUCUGAUUUCUUAGAAA